UUCAACCCUCUAUUUAUUCCCUCAAAACCUCUCUUCGUUUCCUCACACGCUCCUUCCAGAGCUCAGAUCAUCUUCUUUGUAACCCUUCUUUUCCUCACUUUUACUCUUUGGCAUUUGAAAAAGGUUCAAGUGAUCUUAGGUUUAUUCAAUAUCAAGAAUGCUAAAAUAACACAUUUUCUGUGUGCAGGAAAAAUGUGUUUUAUUGGGAUUUCAUUUGUCACUCUUCUCUCCAUAGUUUCCUGUGUCAAUGGGUAUUACUCUGGGGGUUGGAUUAAUGCCCAUGCCACCUUCUAUGGUGGAGGUGAUGCUUCUGGUACAAUGGGAGGGGCUUGUGGAUAUGGGAACCUUUACAGCCAAGGCUAUGGUACUAACACAGCAGCAUUGAGCACAGCACUAUUCAACAAUGGCCUGAGCUGUGGAGCAUGCUUUCAGAUUAGGUGUGUGAAUGAUCCACAAUGGUGCCUUCCUGGUUCCAUUGUGGUCACUGCCACCAACUUCUGCCCACCAGGAGGGUGGUGUGACCCUCCCAACCACCACUUUGAUCUCUCUCAGCCCGUUUUCCUACACAUUGCCCAGUACAGAGCUGGCAUAGUCCCUGUUGCUUACAGAAGGGUACCCUGCAGGAAAAGGGGAGGCAUUAGGUUCACCAUCAAUGGUCACUCCUACUUCAACCUUGUCCUCGUCACCAACGUUGGGGGUGCUGGUGAUGUACACUCUGUAUACAUCAAGGGUUCCAGAACUAGAUGGCAACCAAUGUCAAGAAACUGGGGGCAAAAUUGGCAGAGCAAUUCUUACCUCAAUGGACAAGGCCUCUCUUUCAAAGUCACCACCAGUGAUGGCCGUAGUGUGGUCUCUUAUAAUGUUGCCCCAGCUAGCUGGUCCUUUGGCCAGACCUUUUCUGGAUGGCAGUUCCGCUAGGAACCACUUUCUCUGCUGCAUAUUGGCAGUUUUACCCGGCCAUCAUACAAAACUAUAGAAUGCUAAGUUAAAAGUAUAAUGUAAAUGAGUAAAUUUACGAUAUUGAAAAAUCACUUCUUGAUAUGGUAUCUAGAGUCAUUACAAUAUAAGAGUGAGGUUACAACGCAAUCUGCUGCGAUUACGACAAAAUGGAGAUGUUUGGAAUCGAUCAUAAGGCUUUAGGACCAAUCUCUAUUUUUUGAGUCGUGCCUCGACUUUUAAAUGAGUUAUAACUUAUCCUCUAUUUUCAACGUGGUGGUUAACUGAUACAAUAGUGUGCAGUUGAUCAUGCUUCAAAUGAGAGGGGCAUAUUUUAAAAAUGGCCUGUUUUCAUCAAAAGAGACCCUGUUGUGUGUGUGUGUGAGAGAGAGAAGCACUGUUGUAGUUGGUUAUAUUAUGUAAUGAAAUUUAUUGCAUUUAAAUUGAUCUGCUGGUUUGAGUU